AUGGGUUCCUCACCACCGCCUGUUGACCUAGUUCUACAGUCCCCGGUGAAAUCCUACUCCCAAGCUGCUACUCAAAGUACACGUGAUCUAGAAGGAAAACUAAUAAACGUUAUGCGUUUCUCACCGGUGGUGGAUAUACAAGGAGGUGUAGCAUCUGUUGACCUGCCAGAAGAACUUCUCACUGAAUCCAAACCUUUGUGGUCUGCAUUUGUUGUUGGACACUUCAUGGGGGAUGCUCCACACAUCGGAAAAGUCCACGCCAUAGUAAACCGCAUCUGGUCAUUCCCAGAUAGAUCAGCAAAGAUAGAUGCUCACUUCAUCAGUCCACGUACGGUUCUCUUCCGCAUUGAUAACCAGCACCUAAAGGAGAGAGUCUUGAAGAGAACUUUCUGGCAUAUCGCCGAUAUACCUAUUGUGGUACGAGGAUGGUGUCCUAAAACUGCCUCUGCGCCACCUGAUCUUACGGCUAUUCCGCUAUGGGCGGAUCUCCAAGGGGUCCCGGACCACCUGUUCUCCGACACUGGUCUUACCUUCUUUGGGGACACAAUCGGUCGUACCGUCAAGCUUCACCCUAAUACGGAACGAUGCGUCCGUCUUGACGUUGCGCGUUUACUCGUGGUUAUGAACCUAGAGGAACCUAUACCUUCGACUAUAAAUGUCAGAGGAUCUGGAGAGACAAUCACUGUCAGCUACCCGUGGUUACCCCCACGAUGCCUUGGAUGUCAGUUAUGGGGUCACACUGAUAAAACAUGCUCCAAGAAUAAGCACAUCAAAGAUAAAACAAAAGGUGCUAAAGAAAAAGAAAAGGAUCCCGUGGGUUCUGAUAUGGAGGCUCCUCUUACCAACUCGGCCAAGGAAACAGAGGUCUCAAAAAGUAUUGACACUGACAAACCUGUGCAAGAGGUGGAGAACGUGGAAAGGACAGAAACUACAAUAGACAAGGAGCAUACCGAAGAAGACGGUAACAUUAGCGUAUCGGACAAGGAAGCGGGUAAUAAUGGUGUUUCUGAGAACGAAGAACCAUGGCUUAUGGUACUACAGAGCUCGCCUUCUGGGAGUCGGAAACUUGAAAAGCCGGAAACAAGUAAGGUGCCCGAAGAUCAAAGCAAAACCUCACCGUCCCGUUUCCAUUUGCUACGCAAGGAGCUUGAGGAGGGUGAAAUGGAAGAUGAAGACGAAAGUGAGAGCUCUGAGGGGGAAAGCUCAGUCGAAAUAAGGGAAACACUUGAGAAGAGGAAACAAUUGGAGAAGGAAAAGUCUGGAAACGUCUCCGUUAACCUUCUGUUUAAGAGUGACCAAUGCAUCACCGUGUGGGUAACCUCGGAAAGUGGGGAGAAAUUUUUGUGCUCAUGUGUUUAUGCCUCCAACUUUGCUGUCGCCAGACAGCACCUCUGGAAUGAAUUGGCUUACAUAAAGGCACAGUAUGUACUACCUGCAGUCUCAUGGAUUGUGAUGGGUGACUUCAACGAAACGCUAGCUUCCUCAGAGCACUCAAGGGGAUACCUAUCAAACGCAGGCCUCCGGGGGAUGCAAGCUUUCCAGUCUGCGGUUGCACACUGCAACCUCACCGACCUCACUUCAAUUGGUCCUACAUUCACAUGGACCAAUAAGCAAAAAGAGAAUCCGGUCGCAAAGAAACUGGAUCGAGUUCUUGUCAAUGACCACUGGUUGCACCAAUUCCCUCAAUCUUAUGGAAGUGUGGAGCCUUCGGGCGUCUCAGAUCAUACACGUUACUGGGUUAGGCUAACUACUACCGCGAUGGGGAAGAAGCGACCUUUCAAGUUUUUCAACUUUCUGGCCGAUCAUCCGGAUUUUUUGGAUACAGUUGCUGCGUCUUGGAACUCCACCGAACAGAUCUUCCAUUCCACGUCGGCGCUAUUUAGAUUCCACAAAAAGCUGAAAUAUCUCAAACCCCUACUGCGGAGACUCAAUCAAAACAGAUUCGGUAACAUACCAAAAAGAACUCAAGAUGCUUUUGAGAAACUUUGCGAGAAACAAAGGUCGGCAUUGUAG